AAAAUGGCAUUUUUCCAUGAGGACCAGUCUUCAUUAAAACUGCUCAUAAAUCUCUUGGAAAGAAGAGAUAGCAGCGAAAAAAACUUGUAUAAAUAGCCAGGUCUCGGUAACUCUUGUCCAUGCAUUCAGUUUUUUGAACCAGCUAGGAAAAAGAAAAGGUUACAAAAAAGACAUGAAAACUCCAAACCUUUGUUAUAGCAUUAUUUUGUUGUUUCUGUCGAUAUUGUUGCCAUGCAGCAUUUUGGCCGAGAGUAUAACUGAAAAUGGCUAUGAGGGAUUUCUUCAGUGUCUCCAUUAUCAAAACAGCAAUACUAAUGCCUCCAUCUUCAGUGUCCUUUACACACCAAAAAACUCCUCAUUAUACACAUCAACCCUGCAAUCUGGAAUACAGAACCAGAGAUUUACUUUGCCACCUUUUGUAUCAAAGCCUCUGGUUAUAAUCACCCCAUUAAAUUAUCUCCAGGUUCAGUCAGUUGUUUCUUGCGCCAAGAGAAACGACAUUCAGAUCAGAACUAGAGGUGGAGGCCAUGACUAUGAAGGCCUUUCUUACAUGUCUUAUUAUCCCAAUCCCUUUGUUGUAGUUGACCUGAGGAAUUUCAUAUCAAUUUCUGUCGACACCAAGGAUCGCACCGCUUGGGUUCAAGCUGGCGCUCGCCUAGGACAAGUUUACUACACGAUUGCGCAAAAAAGUCCUAAUUUCGGCUUCCCGGCUGGCCUUUGUCCUACUGUGGGUGUUGGUGGACAUUUAAGUGGUGGAGGAGAAGGCACAUUGUCGCGUAAAUACGGCAUGGCCGCAGAUCACAUCAUCGACGCCAAAGUUGUCAAUGCCAACGGCGAAAUCCUUGAUAGGAAGUCAAUGGGAGAAGAUAUGUUUUGGGCCAUUAGAGGCGGUGGAGGAGCCAGUUUCGGUAUAAUUCUUGAAUACAAGAUCAAUUUGGUCUAUGUUCCGUCUACUGUCACUGUUUUCACAGUGAACAGAACUCUGGAACAAAACGCCACAAAACUGGUCCACCUCUGGCAAACAAUUGCACCCAAAUUUGACAGGGACUUAUUCAUCAGAAUCAUCAUAAGGCAGACAACACAAGAGGGGAAAAUCACGGUCCAGGCCGCAUUCAAUUCAAUUUAUCUUGGAAGAGCUGAUAAGCUUCUGAGGAUAAUGAAACAGAGCUUCCCUGAAUUAGGAUUGAGAAAAGAAGACUGCAAAGAGAUGAGAUGGAUUGAGGCUGCUCUGUAUUUCUCUGAUCUUCCAAGUGGAUCAACUGUGAAUGACUUGCCGAGAAGGGAUCCCUAUCCAAAGACCUAUUACAAGGCAAAAUCAGACUAUGUGGUUGAACCCCUUUCUGAAACUGCACUGGUAGGAAUAUGGAAACUAUUCAAAGAACCCAGAGCAGAGCUAGCCCAGAUGAUUCUUGCCCCUUAUGGUGGAAUAAUGGAAGAGAUUCCGGAGUCCGAGAUCCCAUUCCCACACAGAGCUGGGAACUUGUACCAAAUACAGCAUCUGGUGUACUGGAGACCCAACAACAACACGAAAUCUCAACUAUACAUUGAUUGGAUUAGAGAGCUUUACAGGUAUAUGACUCCAUUUGUGUCUCACUCUCCCAGAGCUUCGUACUUCAAUUACAGAGACUUGGAUUUGGGAGUGAACAAGGAAGAUAACACAAGCUUUGCAGAAGCCAGCGCAUGGGGAUUCAUGUAUUUCAAGAACAAUUUCUACAGGUUGGCUCGCGUGAAGGCUGCUGUUGAUCCCACCAAUUUCUUUCGAUACGAGCAGAGCAUCCCUCCUUUUGAAUCAUUUUAGAAGAUGAUAUGAACUACCCCAAAUAAAAAUAUAGAUGGUGACUUAGUGCAUGCACAACAAGAUGAAUUAUUGUAAAAUAACGACUCCACUUCCAUACACAACUAUAUAUUGAAC